UCUGACUUCGGUAAUGCAGACUGUCAAUGGCAAUCUCGAUUCUACUUCGAUUAUUGUCCGUUUGGCUUCUCUGGUUGCGAUAAUGCCAUGUGACAAAGAGUGGAGAGGAAAUAACACGUAUGGAAGAUAUAUUAAACAAAAACGCUGCGCCAGUGCAGAAUAAAAAUGUAUCAGAAUCCUCCUCCAGUGUUGAAAGACGUGAGAAACCUCAUAUUCCGAGAGGUAAACCAAAAUCUGGUAGGAUAUGGAAAGAAGAGAAAACAAGAUUUUCGUCGAUAAUUAAAACGCGUGGAAUCAGAUUAUCACUAGCUAAAAAACAAAAGUUAAGAGAAGAUUUGAAACGUGUUAAGGAAAUAUCAAGAGAAAUCAAGGCCCAAAAACAAGCAGAAAAAGAAGCUAAGAAGCAACGGAGAAGAGAAAAUUUAAAGAGAGCAGAGGAAAAUCGAAAGAAGAGCGAAAUUGUACAAGUUAUUAAAAAUCCUGCAAAAAUAAAGAGAAUGAAAAAGAAACAGUUAAGAAUGAUUGAAAAGAGGGACACACUUAACAAAUAAUAUUUAAAAAAUAUAUA